GGGGCAGCAGAAGCCACCGCUGGGAGUGCCGUGAGGAUGUGGGGGCCGAGCGCGGUGGUGCGCAGCGGGGGGCUGCUCUGCAAUGCCAGCCUGGGCUGCCGUGUGAAGGAGGAGGACACGGGGCGCCGGGAGUCCUUCAGUGCUGAGUGGUUGGACCUGGAGCUCAGCACCCGGCCUGAGGAGGGGUGGUGCCGGCGGGAGGUGGACCAGCAGCGCCGCGAGUCGCUGGAGCAGCGCGGGGAGACGCGGGUGCUGACGCAGCGCUCGCCGUGGGGCGUGGUGCGGGUCGGGGUCCUGGGGCAGCCCCUGGCCCAGCACCUCCUGCCUUACGCCCGCACCCUCCCGCUGCCCCUCUUCGCCCCCUCAGACCUGCGCGGAUCCAAGCCGGGGCUGCGGCGGACCCUCUCCCGUUCCCUCUCCCACGAAGCCCAGAGGGGCUGAAGGCGGUGGGUGGGGGGCUCGGGGCACGGGAUGAGGUUGGGGGGCGGCAGCAGGGGGGUCCUGAGCCCCACCGCUCACCGCGGCCCCCGAAGACGGCGGAGGAAGGCGGGGGGACGUGGGGGUGGGCGCUCACCCUGCAGUGGGCGGCAGAGGCCGGUGGGGACGGGGCGCAGACGCGAUGCGGUGUCCCCGGCGGAGAGAAGGGAGAGAGGAUGGGGUGCGCUGAGCCCCCCCCGGGGUGGGGGCUGGGAGACACAGCAGCGUUGUGUUGUUUUGUACAGAUGUGGAUUUCUUUGUAUUGCAAUAAAAGGUGCAGCCUGGCA